UGGCGUAAGUUAUAUAAGAAGAUGCUUGAUAGGUCAUCCGCACCCGUAGACGUGACACUGUGAAGCUUUGAUAUAAUUCGUUUAAGACAUCAUCAAAAGUGAAAUAAACAUUUUUCGGUAGUGCAAAUUAUAGUUUAGUUACACAUGACUGAAGAAUGUAGGUGUGGAGUAUGAAACGCAGAGAAGCCAGAGUAAAUUACCAAAUUAUAUGUAAUAAUUAAAAUAUGAUCACAGUUUAAAUUAUGACUCCAAAUAUGACCACCAGUAGCGCUAAAACCAGUUGAGUGGUAAUGUUGAUGAUAACAGAGGAAACUCGCUGGUCGUGACGUCCUCGUCCUUUCUACAUCCGCCCACCAUGUCGAUACCAGCAAAUUCUGUUAAGUUUAUUCAUCUAUACAUAUGUUUAUUAUCGAUAUCUGUCCAUUAAUUUCAUUCCGUGACUGUGGUGCAGGUUGCGCCGCGCAGCGAUAAUGAUGAUGUAUUUUUGGUAGAACGCAGUACAGCGCUCCUUACUUCUUAGUUCAUGGCGACGACAAGCAAGCAUACGCAUAUUAUUAUCAUAAUUAUACAUAGCGCAGUGAAAAGAGAUAAUAGCAACUGUUCCUUGGUCGAGACUAUGAGCCACUGAGUCACGAAUUCCUAUUAACUACUACGAAUAAUAAAUUACUUCUACUGACUACUGUAAACUAGUAACUAGUAAUUUAUGCCGGGAAUUAAUGUGUGGUGCUACAAUGAAGGUCUCGUGAUUUUUUUAGUUUAUAAUGGUUAUUAUUUUCAGAGGUUUUCCUGCAUAGGAGUUAAAUUGAACGAGGUAAGCGUUUAAAGUUUCCUGCCUAUUGCACUCACUUUCUCUAUCUUUCUCUACUUGGAUGACAGUAUGACACUAUGACGGUAUGAUAAUAAUUAUAAAUUAUUACUGAUUAACAUAAAUACAUUAUCCAUUUUUUUCUUUACUGCUUAAAUCACCAUCUAGAAUUUGUUUUAUUUAAGUAAUGUUUUAUGUAAUUAGAAAUCAGAUAGAUAUGUAAUGAAAGUUGUAUUGAUUCGUUGAAAGUUUAUGUUUUCAUUGUUAAUUAAAUAUAAAUAAAUUAAAAUCUAAUAUAUUAGAACAUAUUUUUAUAGUAUUAAAUAUCAAUUUAAAAUUUCAUAUUAUGAUUAUAAUUUUCUAUCAAAUAUGAACAUGAUAAUAGAAAAAAAAAGUAGUUUGUCCAAACCAUUGUUCUUUGUAUACUAUAGGUAUAUUGUAAAAUAGUUCUUCAUCAACUAUUAACUAUUAUGGUUAUUAGGUAAUUAUUUAUUAAUUAGUUUUGAUUAAAAUAUUUAAUUCUCAAAGUUAUUAUAUAAUAUAUAACUUUAUUAUAUUUUAUAUUUACUUUAUACACCUUAUUUGUUAUACCAUUUCUUUUUUAUUAACCUAGCUAAAAUAAUGGUCAUAAUUUUUUUUUAUUGCAAUUAGACUGUAACCCAAAGUACAGAUAACAAUUUACAAAAUUAAAUACAUAUUCAAUACAAAAGUAUAUUUUGUUAUCUAAUACAAAAAGUUAAAUUAAAAAAAAUUAUUUUAGGAUAUAUUUACCGAUUGUUAUAUAUUCCUUUGAAUAACAGUAUAUUGCUAAUUUAAUUGUUAUUUUAUAUUUAUUUUUUUUUUAUAUAGUAUUUUAUAAAGUCAUAGAAUCUAUAUAGAAUUAAAAAUUAACAAUUGUAAAUAUUUUAGCUUAUAAAGUAGUAGGUAGAUAAUAUAUAUCCAAUAUUAUAUUAUCAAUAUAUCGUGUAAUAUAUAGUGAUAUUUAAUGAUAUUUGAAUACUUAAGUAUAAACUAUGAGUCAACUGGAUAUUCUCAAGAUUAGGUUUAAAGACAUCUUCAAUGGAACCAUCAAAUAUGUGUUUAGGGUAUUUAGAGGUUAUUUAUUUGAUAGUCUGGGCUUAUACACCACAAUCACAUGAUAGUUAUAUAGUGACUCCUCAAUUAUAAAGCUUAUAAAUAUAACAUCCAUGUCCCAUUCUAAAUCCAUUUAAAAUGGAUUAUUUAAUGUAAGGAGGUUUUUUUUAAAUUUACAGUGACUGGUGGUUCAGUAUUAUAUGACAGUUGAUGUCUGGAGUUGCGCCCAAUAAUUCUAAUAGAUAAGUCACAUAAAGAACUUGUUCUCGCGCACUGUACUUUGAAUGAUUUAUCACUCAUUUAUUGUAUGCAUUGUAUGAUAGCUAUCAGGGUUAUACUUAUUAAUUAUGACAUAAGCCAUUACUAAUUAAAAAUAAUGACCAUAGAGCUCUUUUGCAGUCAGUUAUGUUGGUUUACAUAAUUUCAGCAUCUUAAUAAUGUAAAUGAUAAUCAUAAUAAAAUAAUUAUUCAUCUUUCAGAACAUAAAUAACUCAACAAGUUUGCUUAAUGAAAGACUGUAAGUCAUAUUCAGUAGCACCACCACUGGCAGAUAUUGCAUUGAGGAACAUCUGGAAUUUAGAUAUGGCAUUAGACGUGAAUACCCGAAGUGAAACUGUUGAAUUACUAAGCCGUGAAGCUGACUGUUUAAAACACAAGCUUGAAGAAGAAAGAAAAAAACUCAACGAUGUAACAUGUAUAUAGCUUUUAAUAGAAGUUUUUAUAUUUACUGUAUUAAAUUUUUAAUUUACAAUGUAAACAUUUUAGUGGCAAAUGUUGCCGAACGUCUAGAAGAAAUAACAUUCCUUAAUAUAAAACCUAGACGAUUAUUAAAAGGAAAUCAAGCUAAAAUGCUAUGUUGUGAUUGGUCACCAGAUAAACGACAUAUUGUUUCGUCUUCACAGGUAGAGUAGAAUUUUAUAUAUUAGAAAUUUAAAAAUAUGCUAAUGUUUUUAAUAAAAUAUGCUUGCUUGGUGUCGGUGCAUACAAAUGCUAGGAUGGUAAAUUACUAAUUUGGGAUGCAUUUACAUCUGCAAAAGAACAAACUGUUACAAUGCCAACAACUUGGGUGAUGGCUUGUGCUUAUUCACCAUCGGGUCACUUGGUUGCAUGCGGGUAAGAUUUUUAGGGUACAUCAACACUUGUUAUAAUUUUAAAAUACAUACAAAAUUCUGUACAAUAAAAGUAGUAAUACUUCAUAUAAAUUAAAAAUAAAUAUUGAUUUCUUUUUUAUAUUUUAAGUGGUUUGGAUAACAAAGUAACAGUGUUCAAUGUAUCAAUUCCUGAUGAAGAUUCAUCGGCCAAAAAAAAAACUGUUGGUACACACACAAAUUUUAUGUCUUGUUGUUUAUUUCCUAGUUCAGAUCAACAGGUAUUUAUAGAUUUGUAUAGAUAUAUAGAUAAAUAAUAUAAAUACAUAAAAAUAUUUAUCAUAUUCAAUUUAAUUUUUAAGAUAUUGACUGGGAGUGGUGAUGCUACUGCUGCACUUUGGGAUGUUGAGUCUGGUCAAAUGCUACAGUCGUUUCAUGGCCAUACAGGUGAUAUAAUGUCCAUUGAUUUAUCACCAUCAGAAAUUGGAAAUACUUUUGUGUCAGGUGUAUGUUUUUGUUUUUUUUUUUUUUUUUUUUUUUUUUUACAAGAGAAAUAAUUACAUUUAUAAAUUAAUUUCAAUAUCAAUAUGUUUUUGUAAUAAGUUUUAUUAUUUUAAUGUUUUUUCUGCAUUAGAAAUUUUUUUCCCCCUUAGAGUUGUGAUAAAAUGUUACUUUUAUGGGAUAUGAGGACUGGUCAAAGUGUUCAAUCAUUUGAAGGACAUUUAUCUGACAUAAAUAGUGUCAAGUUUCAUCCAAGUGGAGACGCUGUAGCAUCUGGAUCAGAUGACUCUACGGUAAUUAGAAAUAAUUUGGUUACAUAGAACACGUGUUAAUAUGGCAUAUAUUUAUUUUAUUAGUGUCGCUUGUAUGAUUUAAGAGCAGACAAAGAAGUUGCAGUGUACUCAAAAGAGAGCAUUUUGUUUGGAGUUAAUUCUAUAGAUUUUUCUGUCAGUGGUAAGUUCCUUAUUAAUUUGAAUUAAUAAAAUAAUUUUAAAAAAAUAACUUCAAUUUUUCCCAUCAUUAGGUAGAAUUUUAUUUGGUGGUUACACAGAUUAUACUAUAAAUGCUUGGGAUAGUUUAAAAUGUGAAAGAGUCAGUUUGUUGUAUGGACAUGAAAAUAGAGUUACAAGUAUAAAACUUUCACCUGAUGGAACUGCAUUAGCUUCUGCAAGUUGGGAUGCUUCUUUACGUGUAUGUAACUAUAACAUAAUUUAUUUUACUACGCUUCAUAAUUAUUUCAGUUUUAAAAUAUUUUAUUCUUGGUAUACUUUAAUUUAAAUUUAAAUUAUCAAGUAGAAAUUGCCAAGAAUUGAAUUUUUAUGACUUAGAUUCUUAACAGAACGAGGAAUGUAUUAGUUUUACAAUGUAUUUUUUGAAUUGGUAACUUACUACCAGAAAUCUUGCUCUGAUUUACAAGUGUAGCAAUUUUUCUGAAAAAUAAUCUGACUGGGGAAGUAUUUUCGUUUUUUUAAAUUGUUAUAGUUUUUGUCAAUAUUUGAUCUUAAAUCGCUAAUUAAAAAAAGAACCAUUUUAUUAUAUAAUAUAUCAAAUUACUAUAAAUUAAAAAUUGUUUUGAAUAUUUCACUUUGUCUACAGAAGGCCAAUUUUUAGUAUUCUGUGAAAAUAUUAGAUCUCUUAAGAUUAUUUAAACAGAAUUAAAUCUAAAUACAAAAUUAAAAAUAAUGAAAUCAUUUAUAUGUUAUUAAACUUUCUUACACACUGACCAAUAUUUUUUCUCAGAAAAUGAUACUCUUGUAAUUUGGAUCAAUAUUUCUGGUAGAAAACAAAAUUGUUAACACAGCGGCUCAGAAUUUAAAAUCUGUACCUAUAAAUACUAAUAAUUACUAUGAAAUAAUGAAUGAAUGAAUUUGUUUAAAAAGAAAACCAUUUUUUAUUUAAAUGGUUAAUUAUUUUUUUUAAAUUUAAUUUAUUAACACAAUAUAUAUGUAUUACAUACCAAUUAUUUGUUACAGGUAUGGGCUUAAUUGAUGAAAACUAAUAUUUUAAAAGUAGAUAUCUAGUCAGAUAUAUGAACCGUAAUAUUAUAUAAGUUAAUAUUGAAAAGUUAUAUAAUUUUAGAAUAGAAACAUAUUAAACAAUUUUUUUUUUUUUUUUAAUAUGUUGUAUAUUGAAUUAUUAUUAUGAAAAUUAAUUUAAAAACAAUUGUACUUCCCAUAUUAAAACUAAAUAUACUAAAAAUGAACUUUUAUUCAUAAUCUUCUUCGUUUUGUUUAUAAAACUGUAAAAGUACAUCAAUAUCAACUGGAAUAUAAAGAACAUCAGCAUCACGUUUCCAUUUUACUAAUUGAUGAUCAACAAAUUCAGUUAAUUGACUUCUUAGAGCUAGAUCUGUACUAACUAAAAAUUGUUGACGACACCAACCAUAAAGUAUUGAAAAUGGAACUCCUGUAAAAAUAGAUCAAUUUAAGAUACUUGAAAUAAGUUUAAAGAAAUUUAAAAUCAUUACUUACCACCAUAUUUUUUAUCAUUUUUAUUUUCAAUACGAUCUUUGAUUAGCAAUAGUAAUAUACGUUUAGAAUUGGAAUUUAAUGAUUUGUAAACAUUAUUUAAUGCUGAAAAGGCAUGUAUAGACCCAGUAUUUUUUACCAUUAAAGACUCAAUAUAACUAGUUUCAACUGUAUAUGGUAAAUAAUUAGUACAGUCCAUCCAUAUAAAAUUAUAAUCGCCUAAUUUUGUGUUAUCCCACACUAAAAAAAUUAU